AUGGCCAAGGGAAAGGCUAAAGCUGAUGCUUUUGCAUCCUCUCGUGAGAGGUCCGUGAACUGGCAUGAGGAUCGGUCGAAGUACAUGCUAGAGUGGUGCAUGGAGUAUUUGAAAAAACAACAUGCAGGAUUUAAGUUCAAGAAGACACAUCUCAUGUUGUGUGCCAAUGAUUUAAACAAGAAGUUUGCUAUGGGGGUGACUGUUGAUCAAGUGGACCGUCACUAUAGAUACCAUAGAGAAAAUUGGAAUGCGAAGCCCACCAAGUUCUUCAAUGAGAUGAGAGAACUAUUCAUAGGAUCCAAUGCUGAUGGUUCUUUGGCUCUGGACCAGAACACAUGCAUGGAUGUUGUUGAUGGCUCAGAUAGUGAUGACUCAAGAGAACUAUUUGACCUCAAUACCUACACAUAG